UUUCUUUUUCCUCAACACCAAAACUCUCUCUCUCUCUCUCUCUCUCUCUCUUUUUGUAGUUUCAAGCAUCAAACCCUCAAAAACCCCAAACUGUCUAUACGAUUGAACAAAACGAAAAUGCAAGCGGUUUCGGUGCUGUCUUUGUCUCCCAGCUUCAAUUCGUACGAUUCGAAGAACGAAUUUGAAUACGCGCAGCUCUCUGCAAAUUUCAGCUCCAAGCUCAAAAUCGCUGGUUCCGGUAGCGAUUUCGAAUUCAACGACACUAAACCCGCAGCUUUAGAUAACGAGAAGGAUAAGCCGGAAACGGAAGAGAGCGAAGGUGUUCAGAACGCCGACGCCGGUGGUGAUUGCUUGAAGAACGAAGAUGAAGACGAUUUCUCUUUCGUCUGCACCAACCCCGACGGAUCGCCGAUUUCCGCCGACGAUAUAUUCCAAAAUGGCCAGAUCCGUCCGGUGUACCCAAUUUUCAACCGGGAUCUCCUGUUCGCCGAUGCCGACGACGGCGAUUCUUCCAGAGCCAGAGGGGCUGCCGCUUCGUCUUCCUCUCUGCGUCCGCCAUUGAAGAAGCUCUUCUUCGAAGAGCGGGAUACGCCGUCGUCCUCGGCUUCCGAGUCGGACGAGCUCGAAGGAGUCCCCGAAGGAACGUACUGCGAGUGGUCGAGGAAGACCGUGGUAGUUGCGCCGGAGCUCAAAAACAAGAGCAAUUCGACGGGUUCGUCGAAGCUGUGGAGAGUCAGAGACUUGAAGCUCCGGAGCAACAGCGACGGGAAAGACGCGUUCGUGUUCCUGAACCCUAAUUCGACGACGACGAGCCCAAAGCCGAGCCAGGAAACGGCCGACAACAAGAGCGGCGCUAAGAUUGUGAAGACGGUGGAAAAGGUUAAGGGGAAGGCUAAGAAAGCCGAAACGGUGUCGUCGGCGCACGAGAAGCAUUACGUGAUGAACCGAGCGAAGAAGGAGGGGGAUAAACGGCGGUCGUACUUGCCGUAUAGGCAGGAUCUGGUUGGGUUCUUCACCAAUGUGAACGGCUUGAGCAGAAACGUUCAUCCUUUCUGAGGACUCACCCGUCAUUAACCAUUUAUUUAUUUAUUUUUGUUUACGUUUUGGAGUUUUUUCAUUGAUUAAUUAAUUAAUUAAUGUAAAUUAUUGGAGACGGAUAAAAUGGUGUUUUCCAUUAAUUUUAGGGGUGCUAAAAUGCAGGUAGGAACCGCAAUAUAUGUAUAUUUUCUUUUCAAAGGAACGACGCGAUAUUAGAUGUGGUGAGUUCUUGAAU